GUUCUAUCAAAACCCAGAAGUGAAUAAUGCGCAUGCUCAUCGUGUAACAAUAAACAUCCAAACAUGGACGCCACCAAAGAUAAAGAGGCUUUUGCGACGGAAAGAGAUAACUUACGGAGAAAGCACGAUGAAGACGAAGACGAGCGCCCGUCGAAGACGAACAAAGUGGAAGUGGACCACAACACAAACGUAGCCAACCACUAUAACCAGCUGCAGGAGGUCGGCCUGGCCGCGCGCAGCCAGAGUCGCAUCUUCUACAUGAGGAACUUCAACAACUGGGUGAAGAGUGUCAGCAUCGGGGAGACCCUGGAAAAGGUGCGCGGGGAGGACCACCGCCGCCGCGUGUCCGUGUUAGACCUGGGCUGCGGCAAAGGUGGGGACCUGCUCAAGUGGCGCAAAGGCGGCAUCGAUCACCUGGUGUGCGUGGACAUCGCCGGCGUGUCCGUGGAGCAAUGCCAGAGUCGCUACGAGGACAUGAGGAGGAAGAGCCGUGCGGGCGAGAGGGUCUUCAGCGCUCAGUUCCUCACCGCCGACUGCACCAAGGAGGUCCUGUCCGAAAAGUUUGACCAACCCAAUCUGAAGUUUGACAUAUGCAGCUGCCAGUUUGUCUACCAUUAUUCCUUCGAGAGCGAGACCAAGGCGGAUUUGAUGCUGAGGAACGCCUGCGAGAGCCUCAAACCCGGGGGCUUCUUCAUCGGCACCACGCCGGACGCCUACGAGCUGGUCAAGCGCCUGGAGGCGUCCGAGUCGCUCUCCUUUGGCAACAAGCUCUUCCGGGUGUCCUUCCGGUCCCGAGGGGAGUACCCGCUCUUCGGCUGCGAGUACCACUUCAGCCUAGAAGGGGUGGUCAACGUCCCCGAGUUCUUGGUCUACUUCCCCCUGCUGGAGCGCAUGGCCCGGCGCUACGGCAUGCGCCUGGUGUCAAAGCACAGGUUCUCCGAGUUCUUCCAGGAGAAGAUCAAGCUCAGCCAGCACCGCAGCCUCAUGAUGAAUAUGUCCUCGCUGGAGGCCUACUCCGGCGAGGACGGACGCGGGCCGGCGCGCGACGGCGAAGACGAGUACGGCCACGCGCGGGAGCACUGCGACAAAGCGGGAUCCCGAACCCGGCUGGGAACGCUGAGCAAGUCCGAGUGGGAAGCGGCCAGUAUCUACAUGCUCUUUGUCUUCCAGAAGAUAUCCUGAUGUUGACAAACACGGACGCUCGGGCACUACAACUCCCAGAAUGCACUGCAGCGUCGGCCCGAGCUUUAUAGUUCCAAAACAUCCGAGACCACAUCUUCCUCAUCAAAGUCCUCACACUGCUGCUCAGAUACCUCCUGAGACAUUUUUGCUCAAAAGAAGAACGUCCAUCAUGGAACCAUCUUAUUUUCAGAAAUUGAAGUAAAAUUAUUAUUUUUAUUUUUAUAAUGAAUAGUUAUCUGAAGCACAAUAGAAGAAUGAGUCACACGGUCCUUUUGUGCAGUGUUGUAGCAUUGAUGUAUUAACAGUGCUGACAAGUUCAUUGUGAGGAGAUGCUGACACCAGGAGGUUGCCUACAGCCAUAACCCAUGUUUCUGUUUUGCAUCAGGCGACUAUGGGAGGUAGUGGUUAUUAAAAGUUUUGUUUACCUUAGUAAUAUUAUUAUGAAGUGUGAUGUCAUCACAAGUUAAAACUUGUUUUGCUUGUGCUGGUGUAUCUAAAAUAAAAAACAUUUUUUGUUA